AUGAAUUCAUCAAUGUUUCAAAAUUCUAUUGAAUCUUCACUCGAUCGAUUAGAUCGUUUGAAUUUACGUUAUCAGCGAGAACUUGUUUUGAAAAAUAAACACUAUGAAGAUUUAGUCGAUCGACAUUAUCCACAUUAUAAAAAAUUUGAAUUACCACUUAAUCAUAACUUAAUCUAUAUACAUAAACAAACAUCAAUCGAAAUAUUAAAUCAUGUCAUUAACGUUGCUUCUGAUACAUAUAACUUUAUUCUUGAUACACAAAAUGAAAUUGAUCCAUACCCGUGGGCUACAAAAUAUACACCAUCAUUAUUACAGAUAAAAUUUGAUUCAUUUAAACAUUCACCGUUAAUUCUUUUUGUUGAAGUAUCAUACUUAAAAUCCAAUUUUUCUACACGUACACACGACUAUACUAAACAACAAAAAAUAAAACAAUUAUUUAAAAAUAUAUUUUCACCAAAUAAGUAUAUUUUUGCAUGGGGUAACGUAAAAGAAAAAUUAACACCAUUUUAUAAAUUUCAAUUGUUUACUGAAAACGACUUAAAUCAAUUGAAUCCAAUUGAUUUACAUGCACAUUUUAGAGAGUGGUAUAAAUUGUUCUUUCCAUCGUCAUUAAUUUCCAAAGUGAGAUCAAAGAAUGAACCAUACUCGUUACAAACAGCCAUUUUUCUUGUUUUUGACGAAUGGCUAAAUACACGUAUGCAAUAUGCUUCAUGGAAUUGUGGUAUUGACACUAAUUUAAAAACUUAUCAUUGUCAAUUUUCGUCUAAAAUUGACAAUGAUUAUUAUCAUUUCGUUCGAGACGAAAUUAAUUAUCGUAAAGAAAUGGAAAUAUAUGCCAUUUCUAAUUGUUUUGCUAUAAAAAAAUUAAUGAAUUUAAUGCUCAAACAAAAGCCAUUAAGUGAGAAAAACAUUCUUUCAUCAUCUAAAAUCAUUCACUAUAAACGUCAAAAAAGACCUCAAUCAUUAGUUUAA